CCAUCCACGUUCCGCCCCCACCUGUGCCCAGCAGUUCACCCACCUGUGCCUAGCAGUGCGCCCACCUGUGCCCAGCAGUGCAUCCUCCUGUGCCCAGCAGUGCACCCACCUGUGCCACCCAGCAGUUCCACACACCUGUGCUCAGAAGUGCCACCUAUCUGUGCCCAGCAGUGCCACCCACCUGUGCCCACCCACAUUCAAUGCCUAGCAGUGCCGCCAGUCAGUGCCCAGCAGCGAUGCCAGUCAGUGCCACCUAUCAGUGCUGUCUAUCAGUGCCACCUAUCAAUGCCGCCUAUCCGUGCCACCUCAUUAGUGCUGCCUAUCAGUACCGCCUAUCAG